GUUAGGUUUUAAAUCACAUUUUAUGAAAAUAAAUUGUAGAAAUAGGCGGGGUUUAUGACUCUGUAGCUGUUGUAACGACCAAUAAAUAUGGCAACCAACGAGGGGUCAGAACCUACAAAUGUUUAUAUUUCUAAAACAAACCUAGGUCGAGGCGAAGGAUACGACAAGAAAUGCAUAUUCUGCAAGGUUGUCAACAAUGAGACGGGCACGGAGCUUCUUCAUGUUGACGAGGAGAUCUCGUGCUUCAGGGACAUCAAGCCCGGAGCUCCCCAUCACUACCUGGUUGUGCCCACGAGACAUGUUGGAAACUGUAAAUCACUCAGUAAAGAGCACGUGUCAUUAGUAAAAAAGAUGGUGGAGACAGGGAUGGAGAUCCUCAAGAAGAACAAUGUCUUAGACCUCAGCGAUGUCAGGUUUGGCUUCCACUGGCCCUCAUUCUGUUCUGUCUCUCACCUGCACCUCCAUGUGUUGGCACCCGCCAGUCAGAUGGGCUUCAUGUCCCGCCUCUUCUACAGACCCAACUCCUAUUGGUUUGUCACGGCAGACCAGUUGAUUCAGCAGCUGAACUCUAAGGGAGAGACCAACUGAGUGUUGGGUUGCAGUCUAGGCUGGUCCAGUGAGAGACUGGGUUACCUUACUGGUAGUGAAGUGAGCAGGUCAGGACUGGUCUGGUCUCCCUCUGUGGUUCUCUGUGUGAGUAUACUGAACUCCCUAGCAGGUUACAGUGAGACUAGUGAUGAUGGUACAAAUCAACUCAACUGAGGUUUUUAAUUCUAGUAUCAAGCUGAACAGCCUAAUCAGAAAUUAAGCUAAAUAUUUUUUCCUUCCUUGUUAUUUUAAAUACUUUUGUGAAAAUGGCCAAUAGUUACGCUUUUCUUUUUUGUUGUACAGAAAAUAAAAUGGUAAUGACUGGAAUGAUUUUGGAGUCAUUUUUCCCUUGGUAAAGAAAGAUAUCAAAAGUGAUACAAAUAUACAUGUUUGUGUAUAGGCUACAUUAUUAAUGUAAAGAACGAUUAGUAACGUAAAGGCAUUCCUAAGUGAUCAUAACCAGGAGACCUGAGAGUGGUAAGUGAAUGGGAUGUAUUGGGACUGGGAAACAUACUGUAAGUCUCAUUGCAGGAUACCUUUGAUAAAGAUGACUAAUGCAUGUGCAUUGUGCCACUGGCUUGCAUCCCAAAGGGCACCCUUUUCCCAUAGGGCUCAAAAGUAGUGCAAUAUAUAGGGAAUAGGGUGCCAUUCGCAAUGCAGUCACUGUCAACAGGAUCCCGUAUUAUGAGGUAUAAUAACUGAAAGCAGACACACGUAAUGAGAAGUAUGAGCUUUUUUAGGCCCCAGUCAAGUGGUCAGAAAAGCAACUGUUUUGCAUGAAUGGUAAUAAAUAAUCAUAUACGGUCAGUCUAUACAAAGAGUCCAAUGUAAGUGUACCCUGGAGUGUGGAGGUUUAAUAUAUGCACUGAAUAUUACCUACAUUACUAAUUCACCAAGAUACAUAAUAGUAGGAGCUCAGUCAUCCAUAAACAAUUGUUUCUUGAGUCACACAUUCUUUUAACACAAUACACUACAUUAACUGUGUUAUUUGAUUAUGAAUGUUGAAGAGUGAUUCUAAAUUUUUUGUUAUGCACUGCAGCCCGAUGGAACACUCAAUGAAGUAAUGUAUGUUGAGUGUAUGCUGCGGCAUGAAAUGGAGAGCUUCAUGUGUUUGUAUUUAUUGGUUGACGUAUCGCUGUAAAAUAAUCUCAACAUGUAUGUAUAUAAUGGUUGUACAUGGUUAGGUUAAAUAAAUUAUGCAUUGCUGCCUCCACUAGGGUAUCAAAUUUCCUUCCUGCUCUGUCAUUAAU